CCAUUCGAAGCCAUGGCUGAUUCCACUAUCGGCGAGAAGCGCACUCCGCGGUGGGGGAGGGUGAGGGGAGCGGUAAUAAGAGCACGAGACACGUGGCAGAUAGUAGCAACACAGAGUCAGCAGGAAGGGCGGCAACACCAGCAGAGGCAGGGAGGGGAGGAGGAGGAGGAAGAGGGGGAGGAGGAAGAAGAGGAAGAGGAAGAGGAGGAGGAAGAGGAAGAGGAAGAGGAGGAGGAGGAGGAGGAGGAGGAGGAGGAGGAGGAGGAGGAGGAGGAGGAGGAGGAGGAGGAGGAGGAGGAGGAGGAGGAGGAGGAGGAGGAGGAGGAGGAGGAGGAGGAGGAGGAGGAGGAGGAGGAGGAGGAGGAGGAGGAGGAGGAGGAGGAGGAGGAGGAGGAGGAGGAGGAGGAGGAGGAGGAGGAGGAGGAGGAGGAGGAGGAGGAGGAGGAGGAGGAGGAGGGAGGAGGAGGAGGAGGAGGAGGAGGAGGAGGAGGAGGAAACAGAAGCAGCAGCACCACCAGCAGCAGCAGCCAAUUUAGAAUGCAGCUGGUUCUGAAGGAUGGUUCCAAGCAAGUUCUCUCCACCUGGGACUCAGGAGUGGUGAAACCACCUCACGGCAAAUGGAUCCAAGUCAAAGGCACCAUCUCAGCCUAUCCUAAGGGCCUGCAGCACAUCUCCGUGCGCUUGGCUGCAGCCGACGUCCAGCUGACAGCCAUCAGCGCCCGCUUCAUUGCGAGAAACUGCUGCUAACCGCCAUGCACCUGCCCUGCUUCCCUGGGGAUAACAACAGCACAGCGUGCGGGCACUGUAGCUCUGUGGGUUGACUGCUGCCAGUGCUCUGCUGACAGCAAUCAGCGCCCGCUUCGUUGCGAGAAACUGCUGCUGACCGCCACUCACCUACCCUGCUGCUUCCCUGGGGAUAACCACAG